CCUCGGCACCUAGCUGCUCUUUCCGAAGCACCGGACCGAACAAAGGCAGACACUCGUAUUUGUUUAAGGUUGGUGCCGGGCGAGGUCGAUAGAGGCGGAGAAGAAGGCGGCCAUGGAGGAGGCGAGAGGGAAGCAGACGACGGAGGGGGUGGCCGCCGAUGUGAGCCUGAAGGAUCUGUCCAGGAGGCUCGACGACUUCGCCAAGGAGAGGGACUGGGAGCAGCACCACAGCCCAAGGAACCUUCUGCUCGCCAUGGUCGGCGAGGUCGGGGAGCUAUCGGAGCUGUUCAUGUGGAAAGGGGAGGUGCAGAAGGGCUUGCCGGGCUGGGAGGAGAGGGAGAAGGAGCACCUCGGCGAGGAGCUCUCCGACGUGCUGCUCUACCUCAUCCGGCUCUCUGACAUGUGCGGCGUCGACCUCGGCGACGCCGCCCUGAAGAAGAUCGUGAAGAACGCCGUCAAGUACCCGGCGCCGUCAAAGAGCGCCUGAUGAGCAAACGCCUAAUAUGAUCUGCAGAGGCGUUGUCUACUUUUUUAGCAGUUUGAUGAAAAAGUGAAGUUGCGGCAAACUUGUCGUCGGUUGGAUCAAGUUAAAUUGUGAUAGUUUCAUUUUUGUGGCGUACGCGAGACAAUACAAGUUACUACCCUGAA